CACCAGAGUUUGCAGACAACGCGAGCCAGCAGCAGUUUGUGUGUACUCGUGAGUGGCGUUUGCUGUGCCCUUUGUGCUAACCGCAAAAGCAGCGUUGGAAAAUAUCGUCCCGGAUUGAACGUUGAGGCGCCUUUCCUUGCCUGCAUUGUAAUGAGGGAGACAUGAAUGCAAGAUCCGAGGUUUUCGAGUUGUGCCUGGAAGGGCGCCAGGUCCAGGAGGCUGUCUCUGGCAUCUUCCACACACUUCUCUUCCACCGUACGCUGGGAAAGUUCCACUACAAGAGGGAAGGCAGCUACUCUGUGGGCACUGUUGGAUUUGAAGAUGUCACAUGCGACUUCGUCGACUUUACAUACGUACGCUGUGCCUCGGACGAGCUGAACGAGGCGGUGUGUCGCGACGUGACCGCCUUCAGCGACCGCCUGCGCAGCCAUGAUGGUCCACGCACUGGCCAGAUCUGGCUGGAGUUCUUCCAGAAGAAGCGCACCCAUUGGCUCCUACCCACGGAGAACAUCCCCUGGGAGGUGUGGAGCAUCCGCAUCAACGUCAUCACCUUGCCCAACGAGCAAGAGCGGCAGCGGCAGCGCGCCAACCUGGGUGAGCAGCUGGCCGAGAAGGUAGUGGCUGUAGCAGCCUCCAUCAACCGACACCAGUACCUGCCCCGAGUGCCCAGUGAGCCUGACCUGGAGCUUGUCUUCGACACCCGCUAUCCUGACGUCCAGCCGUACCACUUCAAGGUGGGCUACCAGACAUCCGGCCCCUGUAACAACCCAACGAUGGGCAGCACCAUGCGGAAACUGCUCAAGGACACAUUGUCCUUCUAAGGAGGCCACAUUGGCCACUAGACGAUCACAUUUCGGCGCAUGUACAUAUGUGGCUCCACUGCCUGCUUGUUUCUAAGCUCAAUGGAAUAAACCUUUUGUUUUUUGUUUUUUCGUACUGA